AUGUGGCGUAAUUGGACCGGGUUCGAUGCGCAAAACGUUUGUGGGCGUGAAGCACCUCAUGCCUCUAACAUCAAAGACGAAUUUGAAAAAGGCAACGCUAUGAGUUCAGGCAUCGAUCCUACAUUAGGACAAGACCCUUGGAGGCAACUCAAACGUGUGGAAAUUCCAGUGUUCAAUGGUGAUAAGCGAGUUUACCAAUCAUGGAAAGCAGCAUUCCUUGCUUGUAUUGACAGAGCGCCAGACACAGCAGAGUACAAACUUCUUCAGCUUAGACAGUACUUAUCUGGCGAAGCGUUAAAAGUAAUUGAAAAUCUUGGGCACUCGGCGUUUGCAUAUCAAGCGGCAAAAGAUCGACUUGAAAGGAAAUAUGGGGGCAGGCGUCGACAGAUAGCAAUUUACCUAGAAGAACUUGAACACUUCGAAAACGUCCGACUUGGCAACGCAAAAGACCUAGAACAAUUUGCCUAUAUAUUAGACGUAGCAAUUAUUAAUUUGCAGGAAGCGGAUCAACACCACGAACUUGGAAUUGGUUCAUUAUAUGCAAAAUUACAAAGAAAAUUACCAGAGUCGCUCUUGGCACGAUAUCAUCGUUGGGUCUUUGAGGGUCAACACAAUGAGUCAGUAUUGUCGCUACGGACAUGGGUUAUUCAAGAGGCAGAAUUCCAAACUAUCGCGUCAGAGACCGUGCAAGGAAUGUCAGGAUAUUUGAUGUCAGAGCUUACUUCGAAAAAAACGAACUCUAACAAUCACAGAUCGUUUUUUGGUGGUUCCGAAGAAAGCGGGAAAAUAUCUAAAUGCAGAGUAUGUGACAAACAGCAUGGAGUAUGGAACUGUGACAAUUUUAAAGAAAUGAACGUUUCACAACGGUGGGACAAAGCAAAACAACUUUAUCUUUGCUAUCGUUGCCUUGGGUUUAACCAUGUCGGAAAGUCAUGCCGUCGAAGUAGACAAUGCGGACACAUUGGAUGUGAAGAGCUGCAUCACAGACUGUUACACAGAGAUGCGCAAAAGAGCAUGAAAUCAAACGCUGCUGACAGGCCAGUUCAAUCUCCUACGGAAGAGAAUGGGGCAACAUAUUUGUCUGCAAAAAGUCAUACCAGAUCUGAUUUAGUAGGGCUCCGAACAGUUCCGGUUAUUCUCGCAAAUGGAAAUCGGUCGAUAACUGUAAACGCAUUGCUAGAUGACGCAAGUACAAAAACGUACAUCAAUAGUGACGUAGCGGCAGAACUCGGCUGUAAAGGUAGAACGGAAACGGUCAAGGUCAAUGUUCUGAAUGGUCAAGUCGAGACUUUUGAAACUAGACCAGUUAAAUUCGAAAUAAGAAGUGUCAACGGAAGCGUACAGAUAAAUGUAGCAGCAUAUACAGCUAACAAAGUAACAGGAGACAUGGAAGUUGUUGACUGGAACAAGUACCAAAGAAAAUGGCCACAUCUUCGUGACGUAACAUUUCCAAAAGCUACGACCAGACCUAUUGUUGACAUCUUAAUUGGAGUUGAUUGUGCAGAAUUACAUUAUGCACUGGAAGAAAGAAGAGGUAGAGCAGGGGAGCCAAUAGCGCGUCUUACUCAACUUGGAUGGACAUGCAUCGGUAAUCCGUGUUCAAAUUUAACACCGAUCCUACAAAAACAUUAUGCGCGAACAUACUUUGUAAGAGACGUAACGGAAAUCGAGACUCUAAACCUGACUCUUAAGAAAUUCUGGGAAGUUGAAAGGGAAUCAACUGAAUCACCUGUCGUUAACAUUGGCGAGCAACAAGCACUUAAAGCAGUAAAACAGUCGUGCAUAUUCGAAAAUCAGAUGUAUCGCGUCGCAAUUCCAUGGAAAAGCAACGAAACUGUUAUGCUAAAAAAUUACAAAAUGGCACUGAAUAGAAUAGAGAACAAACAAAAAAGACUUAAACGAUGUCCUCAGGAAGCUAAAGCAUACAGCGAAUGCAUCGAACAAUACGUAGAAAAGGGGUACGUGUCAAAAGUUUCGGAUUCUGAAGUGUCCAAUUCAAAAUGGUUCCCACCUCAUUUUCCUGUUCUGAGGCCAGAUAAAGAUACAACAAAAACCAGAAUCGUGCAGCAAAAUUUGAAGACGUAUCACUAA